AUGCGAGCAAGCAGGGUUUCGAAAAGGAUUCAGCACAUUCACACUGUUUCGAAAUUUAUCGAGGUAUCACGAGAGUACAAGAUGCCGCUCUGUCUCACCUUCAUCGACUUAAAGAAGGCCUUCGACUCAGUUGAGACGGAAGCGGUCAUGACAAUCUCAGUACAUAAAGAACGCAAUGCGAAAGUUGGAAUGGGACGACAUGGGAGUGAAGGUGAUGGUCGGCAGCUACACCAUUUGCGCUUUGCUGAUGACAUCGCACUGAUAACACCUAGCCAAGCGGAACGAAUGUUGAACGAAUUCGACGAAACAUGUGGAUGCAUCGGUCUUCAGCUGAAUCUACAAAAGACGAUGUUCAUGCGCAACGGAUGGGUCUCGGAUGCCCCACUCACGCUCAACGGAACGAACAUAUCCGAAUGCACCAGUUAUGUUUAUCUGGGUUGGGAAUUGAACAUGAUGAACGACCUGACCCCCGAGCUGGGCAGGAGACGAGCGGCUUGGGGAACUUCCAAGAGCACCGAGGAUGUAGUGAAGACGAGGAACACUCGGCCCCGUGCUCACCUCUUCAACACCACCGUACUUCCUGCUUUGACCUAUGCUUCGGAAACCUGGACAUUUCGCAGGCACGAAGAAAACGCGGUGAGCGUCAUUGAACGCGCAAUUGAGAGAGUGAUGCUAGGAGUAUCCUGUUUCACGCAAGUGAGGGACGGGAUUCGAAGUUCUCUCCUACGCCAGCGAUCGAAGAUUAGAGACAUCGCCGCGUUUGCCAAGGAAAGUAAAAUAAGGAGGGCAGGACACGUGAUGUGCUUUAACGAGAACCGUUGGACAGAACCCCUGCAGGUGGUCACUGUCGGAAUUGAUGCAAACGCAAUGAUAGGUCUCGAACAACAGUCCGGUAUGCUUGGAAAAUGGUUCUAUCCCGUGGAGCAAACGUCGGACAAUGCUAAUCGUCUAGAGGAAUCAUCGACGCCAUCAGCUUACGAGGCAAGGGACAACUCCUUUAACGACAGGAGAGUAGCGCCAGCGGAAGAUUCCGACUCUUGA